ACGGCGGUCGUGUUUAACGGGGAACCGACAUCUCACCGGAGCCGUGGCGUCCGCCGGGGCCGAAGCCGCGGGGUUCUCCGCAGCUUUGGCCCCGGCAGGCACCACAAGCCCGGUAUUUCUACCCCGCCAAUCGAGCGAGUGGUUCCGUUGCCAUGGCAACGCGACUAGGCCCACAGGGUGCGGCCUUCCCAGCCACUCGAGCGGAGGCUUCGUUGCUGGGGCAACGCGAUUAGGCCCCCAGGCCGCGGCCUGCUCAGAUACUCCAGCGGAGGCUUCAUUGCCGCGGCAACGGGGCCCCGGUGAGUCACGGGAGAGGCGGUGGCAGCGUGAGACCCGUAGGGAGGGCAACACACCCCCGGUUCCCCCUGCCCGUGUUCCCCCAACACCUCUCCUGGACAUGAGGCCGCUGUGGGGAAGGAGCUGACCUGCACUGCAUCUGCCCAACCCCAGCUUUGCCAUGGCCUCGCAGCCUCAGCCCCUGCACCCAGCUAUGCCUGCGGGCACUGGGCUGCUGCCUGGCAGCCCUGAGAAAGGCACCACUCGGCCCAAGCCUCCCGUCCGGCCCAAGCCCCGUGUGCUGCCCAAGCCAGCUGUGCCAGCCAAGCCCUCCCUGCCCGUGCCAGGGCCACGGCACCCCUGCCCAGAGCUGCCCUCAGCUGAGAAGAUUAACCGCUUGGCUGGGCCCCAGCCCUAUGGGGCACACAGCUCUGGGGGACCCCUCCGGCGCCCCUCCUUCACUGUCAAGUCACCCGAGACCCACAACGGGAAGGGGCUCAUGUCCCCUCCAGCCACAGAGGGCCUGGCCCCAGCCCCCGGCGAGCAGCUGCCCUCUACCCCACCAACCUCCUCCCGCAAGGGCUCAGCUUCCUUCAAGGUGACGCCGGUGCCGGUAGCCACCAAGCCGGAGCGGUUUCCUGGCACCACGGUGGAGGAGAUUCUGGCCAAGAUGGACAACAGGGAGGGCCCAGGGAACCCUGACCGAGCCCGGCUCUCACCCUUCUGCUCCGACCCCUCCUCUCGCUUCGGCUCCAAGACCUUCACCGCCUUCCGCAGAUGUCCCAGCGGGGAGGCGGAUGCGGCCUCCUCCGAAGGCCCCCGGACACCCCUACGUGUGACAGGCGAGCUGGGCACGGCAGGUGAUGGGUGCUCAGUCACUGAGACGAGCGGCUCCCCCCCAGCCGACCCGAGCUGUGCCGGGGACUCCCGUGGACGCCGGAGGCUGCCGUCCCCCCCUGACCUCUCCAUUCUCCAACCAGGCACUCUUGGACCCCCUGGCUCCCCACGGCCCCCUGCCUGUUUGACCCCAGAUCCUGCCCCAGGAGCUCCUUUCCAGCCUGCCAAACCCCCAACCUCAGCCCCUGGCUCUCCCAGUGCGCCCUCAGAGCUCCCACCCCCUGGCUCCCCAGCCGAGGCCCCCAGCUCCCCCAAAUCCCCGCCUCAGCCUCCAGCCCCAGGCGCUCCCUUCUCCACAGCCGAACCCCAGCUAGGCACGUGCCGCUCCCCUGGCUCCCCCCACACUCCUGGAGAGGGCUCCCCCAGCCCCCCCAGCACCCCCAAGCUGCCCUCCAGAGCCACCUGUCCUCCUGGCUCCCCCGAAGCUGCUGCUCAGUACCCAGCCCCCCCCAGCCCACCCCUGGUUAAAGCUUCUUGUCCCCCAGGCUCCCCGGAGGGACCCAGUGACUCCUUGGUGUCCUUCCAGCCUGCUGAGGAGGCAGUGGCCCCUCUCCAGGACUUGGGGCUCCGGCGCUGUUCAGAGGGUGUGCUGCAGUCUCCCUCUGCAGGGCAGGGGCUGGGGACACUGGGGGGCUCGCUGACCGCACUGCCUCGGCCUGGGGACCUGCUGCCAGAGCCCUCCCUGGGUAGUGACUCUAGCUGGAGCCUUUCCCAGUCCUUUGAGUGGACCUUCCCCUCCUGGGGGGCUCGGCUGGCAGCAUCCCCCCCACAGUCCCCCAUCCCAGAGGUGCCCAUCUCAGGGUCUCCUGAGGGGCAGAAGGACACAGCCCCCAGCUCCCCGUGCUCCCCAGGAGACAGUGGCUCUGAGGGGGCUCCGUGCCCUGGGGGUCCUGUGGCCCAGCGAAAGGCUGAGGGCUCAGUGGAGGAGGAUGCAGGGGACACAGAGCCAGGUGGCACCGAGCUCCGCUUACCACUCUGCGUGACGGAGCCUGACCAGGACCCGGCUGUGCCUGAGUCCCGAGCUCAGCCUGGCCUCCCCAUCGCAGCCACCUCCCUGGAUCAGCCCUUACCAGAUCCAAAUCCCACAGACAGCUUGGCCUUGCCUUGGGCAUCAGUGGGCACCUGCCCGGUGAGCCUGCAGGGCCCCGGUGGGCCAUGCCACACUGAGGGCACACCAAAGGACCACGAAGGCCAAGCUGACCCAGGCUGGCUGACGGAGCUGCUGGCAUCACCCCGGGUACACACUGCAGGACAUGGCUCUGCCCACGUGGAAGGGUCAGAGGACCUGCUGGGCUGGUCACGGAAGGACCUGUGCAGCGAAUUCGGCAUUGGCAGAUCUCACCACGCUGGCAGCUUUGACUGGAGCCAUGCGGCUGCGGCCAGGGAGAGAGACUGGCCUGGAGAGGCAGAGAAGGACCAGGAGUUUGGGACUAAAGCAAGCUGGGACACCCCUGGCAGGAGCAGGGACAGGGACCAGCCGGCCAGGCCCUUCAGCAACACCAGGAGUGACUGGCACAGUGGGUAUGGGACAGAGCCAGCAGGGGAGGCAAGGCUGGACUGCAGCCACUGGCCCAUGUCUCAUGGUAUGGGGCAAAGCUGCCCUCGGGACCCAGACCUUGGCACUGGCAAACCUGAGUGGAACACAGGCUAUGGCUUGAGCAGUGGGGAAGAGAGCAGUGCCAGGCCCAUAGACUGGGGCAGCAGCCACAGCGUGGAACACAGGCAGCAGCAAGGUGGGGAGCCCAGCUGGACUAGCAGGUAUGGCCCCAAGCACCCCCAGAGCCAGGACAGGGAGACCACUGCUGCCUGGUCUGGUGAGUAUAGCACUGGUGACACAGAGAUAAAGGGUAAGGAGCAAACCCCAGAUUGGGCCUGUAAAUACAGCAGUGGGGAUGCCAAGGAGAAGGAUUUGACACUGGGCUGGGCUGGCAGAUCCAGCACUGGGGAUACUGGGAGCCCAGAGCAGGAGCUGAGUCCCAGUAGAACAGGCUGGGCCAGGCAAUACAGCAGCAGAGACAUGGAGAACCAGGACCAGGAGUUCAGCCCCAGCCGCCCAGCCAAAGCCAGCCAGCAUGGCACCAGAGACACAGAGACCUGGGGCAGGGACUUCAAUCCUAGCAGAUCAACCUGGGCUGAUAGAUGUAGCAGCAGGGAUGCGGAAACCCAGGACAAGGACAUGGGGAACCAGAACCAGGAGUUCAGCCCCAGCCAACCAGCUUGGGAUGACAAAUACAACACUAAGGACAUGGAGACCCAGGACAGGGACACAGAGGCCUGGGACAGCAAGCUCAAACCCAGCAGACCAACCUGGGAUGAUGAGCACAGCACCAGGCAUAUGGAGAGCCAGGACCAAGAGUUCAUCCCCAGCAGACCAGCUGAGGCCAGAGAGUGCCAUGGCAAGGACGUGAAGACCUGGGGCAGCAGCAGAUUCAGCCCCAGCAAAUCAGUGUGGGGUGACAGGUGCAGCACCAGGGACAUGGAGGUCCAGGAAAGGGACAUAGAGACUCAGGACCACAAGUUCAGCCUCAGCCAACUGGUUGAAGCCAGCGAGCACAGCAUCAGGGGCAUGGACAUCAGGGACAGGGAGUCCAAGUCCAGCAGCCUGGUGUGGGGUGAUAGCUGUGGCAUCAGGGAGAUGGAGAGCCAGGACCAGGAGCCCAAACCAAGCAGGUCAGCUUUAGACAGUCAGUACAAUUCCAGGAACGUGGAGACCUGGGAUAGAGACAUCAGACCUGGCCAGCUGUCCUGGGAUACUGAGUGCAGCAGCAGAGAGAUGGAGACCCAGGACAGAGAGUUUAGCCCCAGCAGACCAACCUGGAGUGACAGAUGCAGCACAAGGGACAUGGAAUCCCGGGACAGGGACAUGGAGAGCCAAGAUCAGGAGUUCAGCCCCAGCAGUCCAGCCUGGAGUGACAGAUGCAGCACAAGGGACAUGGCAUCCCGGGACAGGGACAUGGAGAGCCAAGACCAGGAGUUCAGCCCCAGCAGACCAGCCUGGAAUGACAGAUGCAGCACAAGGGACACAGAGAGCCAAGACCAGGAGUUCAGCCCCAGCAGACCAGCCUGGAAUGACAGAUGCAGCACAAGGGACACAGAGAGCCAAGACCAGGAGUUCAGCCCCAGCAGACCAGCCAAAGCCAGUGAGCACAGCACUGAAAACACCGAAACCUGGGACAGAGAGUUCAGUGCCAGCAGAUCGACCUGGGACACAGAGCCCCAGGAGAGGGACACGGAGACCCGAGACAGGGACAUGGAGAGCCAGGACAGGGAGUUCAGCACCUACCAGCUGCCCCAUGCCAGUGGGCUCAGCUCUGUGGCCACUGGGAAGGGAGAGGCAGAGCCUGUCCCCAGCCGGCUGAGCUGGGCCUGUGGCCAUGGUGUUAGCCAGGCUGAGCUGGGCCAUGCAAAUGUUCCUGAUCCCAUGGUGCAGGAGCCAAGCGGGGGCAGUGCCUGUGGGCAGGAGCGUGAUGCCACCAAGAGCAGGGGCUGGGCUGAGGAGCUGGGAAAAGCCCAGUGUCACAAUCAGUUUGGUGUCAUUGGGAUGGAGCAGGUGCUGGGUUCCUCCAGUGCCCUGGUGUCACCAGGUGGCUCAGUGGCCUGGUCUAGUGGAAUGAGGUCUGGGGGUCAGCAGGAGCCCCUGGAAGACUGGCACAGGGAUCUGUCAUUCAGCACCAGCCAGGACCUCGCCUUCAGCACCUCGGGUGCCACCAGCCCCAGGUGGGCUGGUGGUGAGGGCACCAGCCCCUCACCAGGCACCACCGACGAGAGGCCAGGACAGGCCUCGAGUGAAGCCCUGGGCAGCGAUGCCAGGCUAGAGGAGCUGUGCUGGAGCAUGGAGCUGCAGGAUGCUGAGGCCAAGCACCAGGAGUGGGUGAGCGCCUUCAGCGCUCGCUGUGCUGCACGGAGUCAGGACUUAAGCACUGGGGAGCAGAGCCCAGAAGAUGCCACCAGCACAGGGGACAGAACCAUCCUUCUCAUGGACUCCAGCCCACCAGAGGACAAUGCCCUGAUUGCCCUCCAAGCCACAACGGCCUCCCAGAGUGAACCACCCACCCCCACAGAGGAGCAGAGGGAUGCCCUGGAGCCUCCAGUGAGCACCAGAGACCCCCCUUCAGGGCCAGGGGCUGCCAGCGGGACCCAGAUGGAUAUGGGGCAUGAAGGACUCCCCUUGGACCACCCUGAUGGGGAGAGACCACCCACUUAUGGGGAGAAGAGGCUCUCCGUAAGCACCUCCCAGCCUGAGGCAUCCCUGGAGCCUCCUGGGCAGGAGUUCACCUUCCUGGAGGACACGGAGGUCCUGGACAGCAGCAUGUACCGCAGCAAGGCCAGCCUGGGCCGCAAGCGCCCGCACCGGGCACCUGCCCUGCGCCCUGCCGCCAGCGCCGAGGGAGACGCCUGGAUCUUCAGGGACUCCACUGAGCCCCGUGCCCCCCGCCCAGCAGCAUCAGAUGAGGAUGAGGAGGUGCCAGAGGAACCCAAAAGCCGCCGGGUGCGGUCCUCCCCGGGCAAAGGGGUGAAGGUGCCACUGUUUCCUGGGCUCAGCACAGCCGUGCUCAAGGCCAAGCUGAGGGGCCGCAACCGCUCUGCUGAGGAGGGGACAGUGCCAGGGGACAGCAAGGGACCUCCUGCCAAGGACCCACAUGUGCAGCGCUCCAAGUCCUGCAAGAUCUCUGGCCUGAGUGGGAAGCCCCCAGCGCUGCCCCCCAAGCCUGAGAAGUCCUCAGGGUCUGAAGCGUCUCCCCCCCACUGGCUGCAGGCGCUGAAGCUGAAGAAGAAGAAACCUUGAUUGGGCUUGUGUCCCCGAGGUUGUCACCGCUGUCCCCAGAUCAGGCCUGGGGCUCCCCCUACACACAUCUAUGCACUUUGUAUGAAGCUCGCAGGGUCCCGUUCCACUUUCCCCACCCCUACCCACUUUUCCCCUUACCUCUGCCCACAGGCAACCCUCCUGUCCCUUGCCCUCCCCCACUGUCUCCUCAGUCCCUAUCCUUGGGCCUGGGGGUGGGUACCAGCCCCUCCCUCCCCUGCCCUUGCCCCACUCCCAGCCGGAGCAACAGCAGCUCAGGAUGUUGGUGCCACUUCGACAGGACAAUAAAACUCUGAUGGUUGGUUCA